AUGGAGCCUUGCCGCUUCCCGUGGUUGAGACGAGGGCGUGCUGUGGAGGAUAUGUGCCGCAAGCUGGGUGCCCAGCGGCUGUCGGUUGAUCUCCUCCAAAAGCUUGAGGAGAUGGUCGUCAGCAUUGGUGACCGUGAGUAUGCCCACGCCAACAAGAUCUAUAUGGACUUGGUCAUUGGGACUAAGAAGUGGCUGAACGACAUGCCCUACAUGGUGAACUUCUCCAUGUCCCGCCAAGACACCGAGGUGCACUGGACUCCGGAAUCAGGGUCGCAUCCCGUCGACGAAGCUGGUCUGCGCAACCACGUGGUCGUCCUGCGCCGCAUCAUGAUGGUGUUGCAGGUGGGCCGUAGUCUUCAGACCAGCUCUGAACCCCAACAACGAUCCGUCCAAGAACUGCGGCUAGGGGCCAUGAGGCGGGGCUCAGUUUAG